AUGGACAGCGAAGAUUUUCAGCUGGGUGACGCUGUUGCCAUUGAAGGCACCGCAUCUCCCGCCGCCUGCAAAAAGUGGGUGGUGAUUGGCUCCUAUCCAAACCGGACAUACACCGUCCAUUGCGCCGGCAAUGAGACCCUGAUUCGACAAGUGGACAGGCAGGCCCUCCAAAAUCUGCGUAGUUCCCAAAAUUAG